AUGGCAGGACGCAUCCUUCCAGUCGCGCUGGCGACGAUAGUCGGCGUAUCAAUUGGAGUGGCUACUUUUGAUGGCGAGUUUAAAAAACAGCGAAUAGCACGAUUGGAGGCAGAGUACAAACGGGAACUCGCUGCUGCUGCCGCUUCCACAAGUACAGCGACUCCGCCACCAGCAGCCCCGGGUGGCAGAGCUCCCAUACAGCUACAGACUAAGAAAGAAGAUAUCGUCACUUCUGCGCCUGCUGAUAAUUCGUGGUCGAACACGCUCGGACUCUGGGCAUGGAAGAAGGAUAACAAGACGGAAAGUGCGACUGUGCCUACGACUAGCAACGCCGAAAACUCCAAAAGCAAGCCCUGA